GCAGCUGCUGAGGUGGCGGUAGUUAUUGUUUUUUAUGAAAUCCCUACGGGUUCUGAUGCUAAACCAUUGAUUUAUACUGCCUUUGAUAUAAUUAAUUUAAAAAAAAUCCACAUACCUUUUGCUUUUCAAAUAGAUGCACUUUCUUCAUUAUUUAUGCUUAUCAUAACAGGGGUCGGUUUUCUGAUACAUGUUUAUAGCUCUGCUUAUAUGAAAGGAGAUGAAGGAUUAGUGAUGGGCGAUAAUUUUCUUAUUAUGUUUAUCGGAUGGGAGGGCGUAGGUUUAUGUAGCUUUCUGCUUAUAGGUUUUUGGUUUAAAAAUAUUGAUUAUGUUUCAGCAGCCAAAAAGGCUUUUAUAAUGAAUAGAAUUGGAGAUGUUGUAUCACAGCUCGGUUUAAUGUUUGCAUCGCUCGGGGUAGGAGGGUAUGUGGCAGCUGUAUUCCAUGUGAUGACUCAUGCUUUCUUUAAAGCCUUACUAUUUCUUGGGGCAGGCUCUGUUAUUCAUGGUAUGCAUCAUGAACAAGAUGUAAAUAAAAUGGGAGGUCUUAAAAAAUAUAUGCCCAUUACUUAUUGGACAUUCUUAAUCGGCUGUUUAGCUAUUUCUGCAAUACCUCCUCUGAGUGGUUUUUUCUCAAAAGAUAUGAUUUUAUUUAAUCUAUUGUCUCAUAAUAAAUUAGCCUAUGUUUUUGGAAUAAUAAUUUCAUUAUUAACAGCUUUUUAUAUGGCUCGAUUAUUUGCUUUAACAUUUCUGGGUGAUUUAAGAACAAACAAUCUUAAUCCUCAUGAAAGCCCAAAACUUAUUACAAUUCCGUUGAUUAUAUUAGCAAUUCUUUCCAUAGUAGGUGGCUUUGUAGGAAUCCCUGCAUUAUUUUCAUCAAAUGCAGAUAAGAUUACCCCUUUAUUAUCUUCCGUCAUUCCCGCUCUAAAAAAUAAUUCUCAUGUUAGCCAUACUAUUGAAUGGGUUUCAAUAAUCGGGAUAACAGUUGCAAUAAUUGCUUGGAUAGCAAACUUCUUUAAAAAAUAUAUUGAAAAAGCUGGUUUAAACCAGUUUAUAGAAAAUGUAGGAUAUGGUGCAUAUCAAUUAGGAGAUAGAUUUACGGCUAUACAAACUGGGAAUGUAGCUAUUUAUGUGUUAUUUAUGGUGCUGAGUAUAUUACUCACUAUUGUUUUGCAUUACAGCCUUAAUAAUAUUGGUUCAGAAGGUGCUUAUUUUCAGGCAUUUAGUCAUGGAUUAGUUGUUUUGGGCUUAUGGUUAAGUAUAGAUUAUGCUGAAAGAAAAUAUAAUGCAAAUGAUAUUAAUUCUUUAUCCGGAUUAGCAACUUUAAACCCUAUGCUUUCAAUUCUGAUAGUAUUAUUUGGAUUAGCAAAUAUAGCUAUGCCACUUACAAGUAGUUUUAUAGGUAUUUUAUUAUUAGGAAUAACAUUUCUAUACGGUUCCAGUGGUUCUUUUAUGUUAGAUAAAAUAGGCUUAAUAGCCGUAAAAGGUUUUGAUAACAUAUGUUUCUAUGGUUGGAUAUUAAUAAUUAUUUCAUUUUGUUUUAAAAUAUCUGUUGCUCCGUUCCAUUUUUGGGCUCCCGAUGUUUAUGAUGGAACGCCUACUGUUUUUACUUCAUUUAUGUCAACAAUUGUUAAAGGAGGUGCAUUUCUUGGGUUUGUUCAAAUUCUUUGGGAAUUUCCAUGGUCGCAUCCAUUAAGUGCUAAUUACAGACUAAUUAUCAUUUUCAUCAUCUUAUUAACUCUUAUAAUUGGUAAUUUCUCUGCCUUAUAUCAAUCAAAUGUUAAAAGAAUGCUUGCUUACUCAUCAAUAGUUCAAGCUGGCUUUAUGAUGUUUAUAACUCUUCAACAUACAGAAUUAUCCAAAGAAGCUCUUUUAUUUUAUAUAUUCACAUAUUCUCUCUCUGGUAUAACACUUUUUUAUGCUUUGACUGUUGUAAAAGGAAAUAAAUACAAAGAUUUUAGAGACUUAUCAAAAACCAAUCCUUUUUUAGCUAUUAUAAUGACAAUUAGUUUAAUAUCUUUAUCAGGAAUACCACUUUCAGCAGGUUUUUUUGCUAAAUUCUUUGCCUUGAGCAACGCAAUGACAAAUCCUCAAAAUAUAUCAAUAAUUGUUAUAGCAUUAGUUUUGGCAGUUCUGUCUGUAUAUUAUUAUUUCAGAUUAAUUAUAGCUAUGUAUUUUAAGGAAGGUAACCUC